UUUCCACAGGGAAUCAUGAUAAUGCAGAAACUCUGGACUCUCCUCCUUGCCUAUGCGCUGAUCAUUUGUCAGAUGUACGUCACACAGGCAGCUCCAUCCAGAACUAGUAAGGAGUCUAUGUCAGAUGGAAUCAUACUAUCGAAUGAUGAUGCCCAAAGGUUACUCCAAGCUAUCAAGGAGUUCAUGCAGAUAACUUCAGAUGAGCAAGACACAGCUGAUGGAAACAGCCUGGAUAGACCCAUGUCUAAGCGCUGCACCGGCUUAAGCACUUGUGUGCUGGGCAAACUCUCCCAGGAUAUUCACAAACUACAAACCUAUCCCCGCACCAAGGUGGGAGCAGGCACGCCUGGAAAGAAACGAAGUCUAUCCGAGCAACAUGAAAACUACGGCAACUCAUACAACUAA